AUGCAAUCUGAAAUUGAUUUACUAAAACAACGAAUUUCUGAACUUGAAGCCAAAAAGGCUGAGCUCGAAGCCAAGAAUGCUAAGCUUUUAAAACAGGUUAUGGAAGAGAAUGCCAGGCGAGAAGCUGAGAAUGUUGAGCUCAAAGCCAGGAUCGCCAAAUUGAAACAGACUGCAGAAGAAAAUACUGAGCUUAAAGAUAGAAUCAUGAAAUUGGAACAGAAACAGAUCCAGAUUAUUAUUAAUGAACAGGAAGCAUCUCAUACAAAAGAUAUUUUACCAUAUAUCAAGAACCAUUCUUAUGAGGAGAAAGGUAUUACUCCUGAUCCCUUGCCUAAAAUAGAAUAUAGCUCAACACAAUUUGAAUCUUCAAUGGAACCUGAAACAUUUACGACCUCUUUAUUACAAGAUAUUAUCGAUAAUGAUUCAGUCAAGACCCUCGAAUUUUUAGAAACAAUGCACAAGGAAAGGAUUAGUAGUGAGAUAAAAGAAAGAAACUGGAAAAAAAAACUUCAAGGAUCACAUAAUAACUCAACUCAAUUCAAAACAUCAAACACAUCAACACCUGAAUCUCUGGACCUGAAAACUCCAGGACAAAACAUCUCAAUCAUACAAGAAAAAGAAACAGAAAAUAUCGCUCAAGUGAUAGUUAAUGGCAUUCAGGAUAAUAAUAAUCUUUUAGAUGAAUCGAAGAUGAGACAUAGUCUCGAGGCUUUGCCUCUUCAAAGCUUUGCUUCCUCAAACCAUGUUAUUGAAAUUUCAAUGAUGGUUCUUCGCCAAAAUUCUUCUACAGUCUUGUUACUUGAUUUAGCACAAUUAUUUGAUAAGGCAACUGAUGCUGAAUAUAGCGCUAUAAAAGCUAACCAGGAAGAAACCUUAUGCUGGAUUAACUAUCAUCUCAUUAUUAUUCAUGAAAGAAGGUCCAAGGAAAUGGGAUUACAGCUCCCAGAAAUUUCGCGUAAAACUUUAUGCAAAAAGACCCAAAAGGCCAUAAGGACUUAUAAAAUAUUUGACAAAAUAGAUGAGUCUAAUAUAGAAAAUCACAUGACUGAAAUUUCAACAUCGGCCUGUCACCAAAAUCAUACAACUGAAAUUGUGAGUACUUUACCAGAAACUAAGGUAAGUGCAUUUUCUAAGAAGUUAUUACUAGAAAAAUCAUCAGAAACAAUUUCAGAAAAAUCAAGCACAUCAUCCAAUCCAACCCAUGACCAUGCUUACUUUUGUAAUAAGACACUGUUGCGAUAUUCUGAUCUAUAUAAAGCAUUUAUUACUGAAAAAUUUGAUAAUUAUGGAAUUAUUGAGGGUUUAUUAUGCCCAGUAUGUAAACUAAAUCAUGAUGAGAAAAGUGUAAAAAGUAGAUACGAGGAUGCUGAUGAUUAUAUCUUACAGGACAGUUUACCAGAAACUCAGAUAUCUUUUGAGGAAAAGACUUUAUUUGUACCACAACUAAAUGUUCAAUCUAGACCAUCCAAACCUCAAUUACCAAUUUCUAUUCUAUCUAAAGACCUAGAAAAAAAGCAACAACACAUUAUUAAAAUAGUAUUAAAGUGA